CCUAGCCCCCCCCCCCGUGCGCUUGGCACAUCCUCCCCGCAGUGUCCAGUUGCCGGUCUCCUGCCCACCCCCCGUCAUGUCUGUGACCAUGUGACGCGCUCUGUGCUCCCCCCUCAGCCGCGGCCUCCCCGCUGAACUCGGUGUCCCUGCGGCUCUGGAUCCGGGGCUGCGGGACCCCAGGCCGCUUGCUGAUGUGUCCUGGCCCAGAGCAGGGCCAUGGAGCCCCCGGGUUCACCAGCUUGAGCAAUGAUUUGUACUUAGAACCAUAAAAAGCAGGAGGGAGGAGGAUCCGCAAGCAAAACAUCUAUAUUUGGAAGCCUGUUUCAUCUAGCAGCUCUCAGGGACAGCCCCACAGCAGCCUUGGUGCAGACAAGAGGAUGAAAUCGCACUCUCAGUGGGGGACUAAACAUGGAGAUACGCUGCGGCGGCCUCUUGUUCAGUUCCAAAUUUGACUCAGGGAACCUGGCCUAUGUGGAGAAGGUGGAACACCAGGACGGAGAAGGGGACGUAGCUGGGAACAACAGCAGCAGCAGCAGCUCUACUGUGUCUGCGGUGUUUGGCAGCUCCUUGCCCACGGCUGACUAUGAAUUCAAUGUGUGGACCAAGCCCGACUGUGCUGAGACAGAGUAUGAAAAUGGGAACAGAUCCUGGUUUUAUUUCAGUGUGAAGGGAGGCGCUCCAGGCAAGCUGAUCAAAAUCAACAUCAUGAACAUGAACAAGCAGAGCAAACUCUAUUCCCAAGGCAUGUCGCCUUUCGUUAGGACCCUGCCUGUCAGGCCCCGCUGGGAGCGCAUCCGGGAGCGGCCCACCUUCGAGAUGAAGGAGACCCAGUUUGUGCUGUCCUUUGUGCACCGUUUCCUGGAGUACCGUGGCACCACCACCUACUUUGCCUUCUGUUACCCCUUCUCAUACACGGAGUGCCAGGAGAUGCUGGCCCAGCUGGACAGCCGCUUCGAGGAGUGUCAAUACAUGUCGCCCAGCAGCACCCUUGACUCCAUCUAUUACCAUCGAGAGCUGCUGUGCCACUCUCUGGACAAUCUGCGGGUGGACUUGCUCACUGUCACCUCGUGCCAUGGCAUGAGGGAGGAGCGCGAGCCCAGGCUGGACAACCUAUUCCCCGAUGAAGCCACUCCUCGCCCGCAUUGCUUUGCAGGGAAGAGGGUCUUCUUCCUGAGCAGCAGAGUUCACCCAGGGGAAACGCCCUCCAGCUUUGUCUUCAAUGGCUUUCUGGAGUUCAUCCUGCGGGAGGACGAUCCUCGAGCCCAGAUGCUGAGGCGCGUGUUUGUCUUCAAGCUCAUCCCCAUGUUGAACCCAGAUGGUGUGGUGCGAGGUCAUUACCGAACUGACGCCCGGGGGGUGAACCUGAACCGCCAGUAUCUGAGCCCUGAUGCAGAGCUGCACCCUGCUGUGUAUGGAGCCAAAGCCGUGCUCCUUUACCAUCACAUCCACAGCCGUGGCCCACCCGGCGCUCCUGACUGGAGGGUACACGCCUCCCCGCUCACCUCCAGCUCGCUAAGCACAAAAUCUUCCAACCAUUCCAUCUGCCACUGCACUCUGGCCCCGGAGGCUUCUCUGUCGGAGCUGGAGAAAGCCAACAACCUCCGCAACCACCCCAGCACCCAUCUCAUGCUUUCUCAGGACCCCCAGCUGCUGGAAGCACCUGCUGCUGAGCUGGGGAACAAGGACCAAGCUGUGUGGAUCUUGCCUUCGGAGCCCACGGGGGAGCACUGUGAGAGGGAAGCCGAGACAGCCUCGUCAGUGGCUCCCCUGGAAGCCAUCCUGCCCCAGGAGAGCGGUCUGGCAUACUACGUGGAUCUGCACGGGCACGCCUCCAAGCGCGGCUGCUUCAUGUACGGCAACAGCUUCAGCGAGGAGAAUGCCCAGGUGGAGAAUAUGCUGUUCCCGAAACUCAUCUCCUUGAACUCAGCUCACUUUGACUUCAUGGGCUGCAACUUCUCUGAGAAGAACAUGUAUGCCAGAGACAAGAGGGACGGGCAGUCGAAAGAGGGCAGUGGACGAGUGGCUAUCUACAAGGCCUCGGGCAUCAUUCACAGCUACACAUUGGAGUGCAACUAUAACACCGGGCGCUCGGUGAACAGCAUCCCCAUGGCCUGCCACGACAAUGGGCGGGCGAGCCCUCCACCCCCUCCAGCCUUCCCCACCAAGUACACCGUGGAGCUGUUUGAGCAGGUUGGGCGGGCGCUGGCCAUCGCAGCGCUGGACAUGGCAGAAUGUAACCCCUGGUCCCGGCUCGUCAUGUCUGAGCACAGCAGCCUCAACAACCUGCGAGCCUGGAUGCUGAAGCACGUGCGCAACCUGAAGGGCAUGGCUGCAUUCUCCCGCAAGAAGGGCUCCAACGGGCUGCCCGCCUUGAGCUCCGAGAAUGCCCUCUCCCGGGCCAGGACCUGCAGCCAUGGUACCAAUGGGAGCAGCAGCAGCCAGCAGAACUCGCCCCAGAUCAAAGCCUCACUCAGCUUCACCUUCAGCUGUAACAGGGCUGGUGGCCCUGCAGGCGGGAGUCAGAGCCCUCAGAAAGGCAGCCCGAGGGUCCUGGCACCAGUGAGAGUGGUCUUGCGAUGAGGACAGUGCCUGUUGACCUCUGCAGCCCACUCACCCACCAGACCUUUGGGGGGGUUAGCACCAUGACUUCCAGGAAGAGGAGUUCCAGAUCCCGUCACAGACAACUCCGGUGCCAAGAAGCCUAGGUCACCACAGAGACCUGCGUUUCCAAAGACCUCACAGCCCCAAAAGGGUACCACUGAGGUGCCAAGUUCUUCAGGUACAGAGAUUUCAGGUACUUUUAAGUCCUACAGUACCCAGCAUUAUUUGGUAUUGCCCAGGCAUGAUCGUGGUGCAAGGGAUUCUAAGGACUCUGCAUCAAAGAAAUUGGUACCAAAGGCGGGUCCUGCUUCCAUGUUGUCUACAGUACCCAAGUCAACGUUGCAAACUGAUCAACUGGUGCCAUCAAUGCCAACAUCAUCCUUGGUACCCCCACUUCCCACUGCAGAGCCUCGCCAGGUUUCUGUGCAAAUUCACUGGUACCGCAUGCAUUUCAGGUUCUCCAGGGACUUGUUUGUCUCAGAUAAACCCACCUCCUUCCUACUAAAGAGUACACAGAGACUCUUGGUACCAGAAUGUUGUCUGUCACUGCACUCAUUCUCCAGCACCACCUUGUUCCCAGGUACCCACUAGAAAGGACAAGCAACCUGCCUUAACACCAGCCCUUCUGCUCCUCCCAUGGACUAUGAGCAGGAUAGCUCCUCUGACUCUGGUUUCCAUGUGAGAUUCACUUAGUUCCCAGCCCAGAGCUACCUCUCCUGACAUCUUUUCUGAGAGAGAGACUCCAAGACACAGGCAGACUGCUGUCACUCCACAUUCUUCCUGGUAUGAUCAACCCUGGAUGCCCCACUUUUUCCUUAUGGCCUCCCUCAGUUGCUGUAUUGGGACUCAAGGGGGUGCUUAUCGGCCACAAUUCUCCAGAGUGUCCAGGUACAUUGGUGAUGACCUCCAAAUGAGUGAUCACCCACUCCUCCUGUCCCUCCACAUCAGCCUCUGCACCUUUGGAGGAAGCUACACCAAAAACUAACCUCUCCUGCUCACCCCGCAUACACAGAUUAUUUUAAGCAGUUCCCAGGAGCUUAUGAAGAGGAUCUAACUCCCUCCAGAUCCCCUUGGAGGAGGUCCAUGAGACCCACCGUGAACUUUGAGACGUCCUCUAUACUGCUACUUUGAGUCCAGUAGCUUUGCCUGUAAACAAGGCUUUACCUGAACCUCCCAAAACAAUCUGGCAGACCCUGGCCACCAACCUCCAACUGGUAAAAGGGCAGAUCAUGUUCCUGAUAAAGGUUCUGAAUUUCUGCCAGCCAUCCUCCAGCACCUAACCCCUUGGUCGUUGAUGCUGUGAAUGAGCGAAGUAGGCAACCCCACAAGGCCACACAGCAUAAUAAAGACCCCAAAUGCCCUGUUGUUGUGUUUUUAGGCUCUGUGGCAGAACUCUGACCUUGCUCCCGUGGGUCCUGUGCUUCUAGGCGGUUUACGCUAGCCUCAGUGGCUCACUGUGACCCUCCACGUGGCCCUUCUCUUUCUAGGGCCAGGGUUACAGUCUACUGAGCCCUUUUCAUCGUAGGCCUGCAAGGAGGUCGGUAAGAGAACUCCCACAGUCUCUGUUCAGCCUCCUGUCCUUUCAGGGGCCUGACUUCCCUUCCCAGGAGAUGUUCCUGUAGUGGUGGGUUGGGAGGAACCUGGGCCUGCCCUCUACUCUGGGUUCCGGCCCAGGGAUCCUAAUGGUAGCAGUUGUUGGCAGCCAACCUUUCACUGCCAGAGUUGCUACAUUUCCCUGGGCCACUGCCCCACAGCUCUCCUGCUGCUCCAUUCUUCACCCUUUCCUUAGGGCUCCUUUAAUGAUGGUCUAAGGGUGUCUUCAGUAACCAGCCCUUCAGCCGCACUUCCUCACUUCUGGCUCCCUGGCUCUUCCCUGUCUGACUGAAGUGAGCCCUUUUUAUAGUAUCAGCAGGGCCUUAAUUAGAGUCAAGUGGUCACAUUAACUGAAUGGCCUCGCCUGACUCUUUGCAGGUUAAUUAGAGUCAGGUGUUCUCAUUAGCCUGGAGCAGCCCCUGCUCUGGUCAGUCAGGGAACAGAAAACUGUUAAUCCAGUGGCCAGUAUAUCUGCCUUCUGCUAUUCUGCUGUAACCAACUGGCCUGGGUCCAUCACAGCUCGUUUAGAUUAGGGGUUUUGCACUGAGUAGGGAUACUUACAUCGCCGACCUGGUGGAUCCCAGCAUGAAGAAGCAGGUUUAAGAGAUACGCGUUGUGCCUGAAAUGCCUAGGUGAGACUCAUUCUCUGGCACCUAGUGCUAGCUGCAGCACACUUACUCCUUGGCAGACAGAGCAGACUUCUGACUCUUCUGUUACAAGAGCCCUUGUCAUUCAAACCUCUGGGCUCCGAUAAUUCCAAAGGGUGGAAAGGAAGGCUAGGAGACCUGAAUCGGCUCCAGGCACUUCCAGAUCUAAGAAGGUGUCAGUCAUGACAGCUUCGGCCAUGGCACCAAGCUCCAGUUCCAAGUCAACAGAGCUUCUGUUAGCCAAGGCCUCAAUCCAGCUCCAGAACUGUUCUGGUCUCCAUCAGAACUGGAGAGAGACCCCAGGGAUUGGGACAAUUUACCGGACCCAACUCCAUCAGUUCUGAAGAAAAGGAGGCUAAAUUUAAAACACCUCAGGUGGUUCUUUGGCCAGUUCGCAGCAUGCAGAUGCAAGACCUAAGGACUUAAGACCUCUGGAUCUUUCAGAGGAAACUGAUCCAAAAAAGAGGCCAUCAGAUAAAAUCAUAGCAGCUCACCCUCGUAUUAUCAUAGUUACAGUGCAUGUUGAUCUGGACCUGCAUUAUAUACCAGGUCCAGCCGUAUGACAUUGUUCUCCUGAUAAGAGACCGAGACGAUAUUGAGCGGGAGAGCUCUCCAGGGUCUCUGGUAUCACCGCCUUACAUUCCACCUGGCUAAUCAAGAAAGACCAUAUCACUACUUUCUGUAUUUCAGAUCUCUGCUUCAGUUAUUUUCCCUAUUGUUUUAGUAUCUGAUGCAAGAUUGAAUCUACAGAUGUUGAGCUCACCCCGACACAUCUAAGACUCAAUCUUCUAGGGUGAAACAGUCUCCCUCCUCAGAUGAACAUUCCUGGACAUGCUAUGUGUCAAGCCAGUAAUGUAAUGCCAGAUUUGGGUACUUGGCAAGACUGGCCCAUGCCACCAUUGAUGUCUUGGCCAUCUUGGCCAACCUGUUUAUUAAUAGCAAUCGAGAGAACCUGAUUCUUUGAUUCCAGAACAGCUUCCAGCUGAACCUACAGAACUGAGGUGUCCAGAUCCAAGAGCCAGGGAACAUUGCCCUGCCUUAAUGCAAGACACUGUCUCUGAUGGAGGGUGCCAGGACAAAUCUCCUUGGAGUGACUUCUAACAAGAAGUCAUGGAACUAGAAAAUGGUUCGUUUCCAAAUGAGAAUGCCGGUGUAGCUGCAGCAGCAUCUCCUUCUGAGGACGCAAUUCAGUUCCAUGGGCCUGUGGACAGGACGGCAUCAACUUGAAAAUCAUAAUAACAUAAGAACGGCCGUACCGGGUCAGACCAAAGGUCCAUCCAGCCCAGUAUCUGUCUACCGACAGUGGCCAAUGCCAGGUGCCCCAGAGGGAGCGAACCUAACAGGCAAUGAUCAAGUAAUCUCUCUCCUGCUAUCCAUCUCCGUCCUCUGACGAACAGAGGCUAGGUACACCAUUCUUUACCCAUCCUGGCUAAUAGCCAUUUAUGGACUUAACCACCAUGAAUUUAUCCUGUUCCCUUUUAAACACUGUUGUAGUCCCAGCCUUCACAACCUUCUCAGGCAAGGAGUUCCACAAGUUGACUGCGCUGCGUGAAGAAGAACUUCCUUUUAUUUGUUUUAAACCUGCUGCCUGUUAAUUUCAUUUGGUGACCCGUAGUUCUUGUAUUAUGAGAAUAAGUAAAUAACUUUUCCUUAUCUACUUUCUCAACAUCACUCAUGAUUUUAUAUACCUCUAUCAUAUCCCCCCCUAGUCUCCUCUUUUCCAAGCUGAAGAGGCAUAGCCUCUUUAAUCUCUCAUAUGGGACCCUCUCCAAACCUCUAAUCAUUUUAGUUGCCCUUUUCUGAACCUUUUCUAGUGCCAGUAUAUCUUUUUUGAGGUGAGGAAGACCCCAUCUGUACACAGUAUUUGAGAUGUGGGCGUACCAUGGAUUUAUAUAAGGGCAAUAAUAUAUUCUCAGUCUUAUUCUCUAUCCCCUUUUUAAUGAUUCCUAAUAUCCUGUUUGCUUUUUUGACCGCCUCUGCGCACUGUGUGGACAUCUUCAGAGAACUAUCCACGAUGACACCAAGAUCUUUUUCCUGACUUGUUGUAGCUAAAUUAGCCCCCAUCCUAUUAUAUGUAUAGUUGGGGUUAUUUUUUCCAAUGUGCAUUACUUUACAUUUAUCCACAUUAAAUUUCAUUUGCCAUUUUGUUGCCCAAUCACUUAGUUUUAUGAGAUCUUUUUGAAG